UAUUGGCCAAGGAUGGCUACAGAUGUGGAGGUGAAGAUCAAGACGUGCAACCGGUGCGUGUGCAGAAAGACUCCACCUGAGAGAGCAGCGCCAUUAGGGAAUAUUCAAGUAUCUAGGCCACUUGAGUUGGUAUGUAUGGAUUUCCUAUCUUUGGAACCAGAUCGUAGCAAUACAAAGGACAUCUUGGUGAUAACUGAUUAUUUCACGAAGUACGCUGUAGCGGUCCCCACAUCAAAUCAGAAGGCCAAGACAGUCGCAAAAAGCCUUUGGGAAAACUUCUUUGUGCACUAUGGCAUACCUGAAAGGCUUCAUAGUGAUCAGGGGCCUGAUUUUGAGAGCAGGACCAUUAAAGAGUUGUGUGAGAUUGCUGGCAUUCGGAAAGUCCGAACCACACCGUAUCAUCCCAGAGGAAACCCGGUUGAACGGUUCAACCGAACGCUGUUGAGUAUGCUGGGUACUCUGGGAAACAAAGACAAGACCCAUUGGAGAGACUUUGUGAAGCCUGUUGUGCAUGCAUAUAAUUGCACUAAACAUGAAACUACAGGGUUCACUCCAUCCAGCUGAUGUUUGGCCGGCAGCCUAGGUUGCCAAUAGAUCUCGCUUUUAGAGCACCUGUGAGUAACAGCCAUAAUGAGUUCCAUUCCCAGUAUGUGAAAACUUUGAAAACACAUUUGCAGGAGAGUUAUGAGCUUGCCAGAAAGAAUGCAGCAAAGGUUGCAGCAAGGAACAAGACACGGUAUGACAAAAGAGUGACCGAAUCUUCACUUGAUGAGGGUGAUCGAAUUCUUGUCAGAAAUGUGCGUCUCAGAGGGAAGCACAAAUUGGCUGAUAAAUGGGACUCUGAAGUAUACAUUAUGGUGAACCGUGCUGGUGAGCUUCCUGUUUACACUGUGAAACCAGAAGGAAAGGAAGGACCUUUGCGGACGCUCCAUAGGGACUUAUUAUUGCCUUGUGGUUUCUUGUCACCCUCUGUGGAUGAAGAGAAAAUGGUACUUAAGUCACAAAGAGGGAGAACAGUUCCGAAAGAGGUAAAUGAGGAAGAACCAGAGAGUUCAGAGCAAUGUCUGGAUGACGAGGGAGAUGACGAUGAUUAUCUGGUGCAAGAAAUUGAGCCCAAUUCCAAAACCACUCCAGUGAAAUUCGUUAAGGAAUUUGACGUUGUGAGAACAUCAAGAAAAAUUCCAUUCAGAAAUGUUGAACCUGUUACCCAGAUGCAACCUGAUUCAAACCUUGCCAGUGCCAACAUCAUUGAAGGUACACAUGAAGAAUACUUACCUGAACCAGCAUACUUACCUGAAACUCAGUCUUUUCCUGGACCAGCCUCUGUCCACAGUGAUGUGAUACCUGAAAGGGAAGUGUUGGAAGAGAAAAUAUGUCUGUCUGAAACAGAGCAACAAAGUCUGAAUGCCCAUGCAAAUUCCAGAAUGGAGAAUGAAACCAACACUAACACAGAACAAAAUCAAAAAUCCAUACCUCAUAUUCCAGUGGAAGGAGACAGACUGGAUCCGAUUGAAUCUGCAACACCUGAAGAAGACACAGAAUCGGAUGAAUGUGAAGCUGAAAGUAGAUUAAGGAUGUCCAAAAGAGUGAGACAAAGAUCCAAAAGAUUGACUUACCCUGAGUUGGGAAAUCCCAUGAUAUCUAUUAUUCAAUCUCUUCUGCAAGGGUUGAACACAGCUUUCAUUGAAACGUUAGAGCAACCCAGAUCGGUAAAACACCCUAAGAAAUAGGCCUUAACAUUUAUUAUAAGGCAUCAUCACAACGCAAAGGGACUUGCGUGGAUUUUAAGAGGGGAGGGUGUAACCCAUGUUAAAUUUGGAUAAUAUAAUUGCAUGUUCUAAUAGUUAACUUUAAAUUAAAAAGUUGAAACGAUCUAUUCAUAUACAUUGUGAAUUAAUUAAUAUAAAUUGAAAUAAUAUGCAUUGUAAUUUAGCACCGAACACGUGAUGUAUUACACGUACACAAGUUGCGUAUGACGUCAGUGCAUGACACACGGAAGUGUGCGAGACGCGCUGAACGCGAGAUGAGAGAUGCGCCGAACACGAGAUGAGUGAUGCAGAAAUGGAUUAAUAAGAAUGGUGAUUGCUGAUUUGAGUGCAGAUGCUAGCCGAUUGUGAAGCUUCUUUGAAUCUGAAACGGGUGUUU